AUUCUGUUGUCUAAAUACAAAGAUCCAAGAUGUACGGCAAGUUGAUGGUAUUCCUGUGCGUGGCGGGCAUCGCUUCUGCGGGCAACCAGGCCCCCGCUGGAUACACGACCGCUGCCCCCGCAGUGUCCUCUGUUUCGUAUGCGUCACAGCCUCGAGUUGUGUCCACGUACGGUCCCGUCGCUUCGUACCCCGGAUCAUCUGCUCUCUCUAGAUCAUACACCGGCCCUAGCAUCACGACUUAUUCCUCGUCUCCAGUAUCGAGACCUAUUGCCAGUGUUCCUCAAUAUACCGCUGCUCCAGUCGCGUACUCUCCUCAACCCUACAGUGCAGUUUCAGUAAUCCCUAGAAGUGGCGUCCCUGCUGUAUCGUACUCCACCCCCGCAGCUAUACCUUACUCUGGAGCACAGGGAUAUACCGUAGCUGCGCCAUACACUGCCCAGGCGUACUCUAUUCCCGCAUACUCUGCCCCCGCGUACAAUACAGCACAAACGUAUUCAGGUGUUGCUUACCCCGGUUACUCUGCUGUUACCCCCGGAUAUUCUGGAUACCCUUCACCAGUCCAGUAUUCCUCCGCACCGGCUGUAUCUCAAGUAAGCUAUAGUGGUUUAGACGGCAGCUACUCUUUUUAAACACCAAAUCUAAUACCAAAAAUAUGUAUUCAAACCCGCAAGAGACUGUAAAACUGUUAUAAAAAAUGUUAAAUAAAAAUACGAUAAAAUAUACGUAUU